AUGAAGAAGAACAAGGAAAGUGAAUUACCUGUCGUUUUGGACCAAUCUAUGAAGCCAAGGUCUCGAAAGCCGAAAUAUCGUGAAGUAAGCUCGCGUUAUAUCUCCCCUUCUUCUUCUCCCACCAACUCGAUCGAUAUCGGAAACCCACCUCCGAUUCAGGCCCUUUCGCCGGUCCGGCGAAAACCCGAUUCUCGAAAAAACCGGCCGGGCCAGCUCGACGACCCGGCCUCUCUGCGCGGACUUUGGCCUUCGUCGUCGUUGUCAUCUUCGGCCUCAAAGUUCGACACUUUGGCCGAUCACCUCGGAAACGACAGGCUAAAUGACCUUCUCGAGCGCAAAAGCUCUGUUUCUCUCGAUAUACAGGGGAGCUCCAGAGAGUCUAUUAACAGAAACGAAAACGACAAAGAUUUCACCGGUACGAAGGAAAAUCACAGGCCGAUUAUCGGAGGCUCGAUGAGGUACACGGGAACUUCACGGUUUUCCGGGAAAUCUUCGUCUUUGUCGUUUGCGAGUAAGGUUUUCAAUAGCUCGGAAAUGGCUCCCGGGAGAUUAUCCGUGGAUGAAAAUUCUCUGUUUCAGAAACCGAGAAGAAUGUCGGAAAUUUUCACGGGGAAUGCGGAAUCGGGAUCGGAGCUAAGCGACGCCGUUUCCUCGACGUAUUCGAGAGUGAAAAAUAAAUCAGGCAUUGAAGUUUCUUCGAAGUACAUGAACGACAUAGGAAGACAGCAGAGACGAGGGACUUCGGAUUCGAACUUAUCGGAUAAUUCUCCGAGGUUUGGAAAUUUCACAUUUCAGAAAGCCAUCAAGAGGGCCAAUUCACUGACGGGGUACGGCAGUUCAAAGUCCCAAUGGGCGUUGUCGCCCGGGAGGUCGGAUUCGCCGCCGUUAUCGGUGGAGAAUAAAGGAAAACCGAUGUCGUUUUCGAGUUUGAGACCGCCUGAUAGUUCCUCGAAAACGAAAGGCGUGGAGAAAUUUGCUUCGGAGUCCGUUCAUCAACUCCGAAUGCUUCACGGCAGAUUGAUUGACUGGCGUUUUGCAAAUGCUAAAGCUGAUUCUGUAAAUGCCAACUUAGCUAAUCAUGCAGAGGGCAAAUUGAUAUGUGCUUGGGAUGGUCUUACAAAAUUACAACAUUCUGUGGUACAAAAAAAGCUGCAGCUUCAGAGGGAGAAGCUUGAGAUAAAACUGAACUCUGUACUUCAAUCUCAAUUUAAGCUAUUGGAAGUGUGGGGAGAUAUGGGGAGGCAACACUUAGCCGCAGUUUCCAUGACUAAAGAAUCUUUACAUUCUGUCAUCUGUAAAGCACCCUUAGUAGAAGGGGCAAAGAUCGAUGUUCAGUCGGCGUCGGUUGCACUCCGGCAUGCUUUAGAUUUCAUGUCUUCCAUUAAAUCAAUGUUGACAACUUUUUCACCCUUGACUGAGGAGACUGUUUCACUAAUCUCAGAAUUAGCCGAGGUAGUUGUUCGAGAAAAGUUGCUUCUAGAGGAGUGCAUUGAACUUCUUAAGACCAUAUUCAAUUUAGAGGUUGAGGAAAGGAGUUUGCGGUGUAGUAUUUUGCAGAUGAAGUCUUUACAACAACAAAAGCAUAAAGUGGACGAGAAGGAUAAGAAAUCUGUUCACGAUCUUUGA